UAAAAAACCAUUAUAAAUGUAUAUUUUUAUAUUUUUGCCAUUUUUAUUUCUUAUUUUAUUGAGGAAAACAACUUUUCAGAAUGUUAUGAAAACCGGGUCAUUUUGAGAAACCAGGUCCAAAUUAAAUUUGCUGUAUCUUGUCAACCGCUUGACAUUUUUAGCUGAAAUUUUGCAUGCAAUAUUUUUUUAUAAAUAGGAAUCAUGUGUCAAAAUAUAAAACAAAAAGAAGACACAUGGUUCAAUGGAGUGGGUGAUUUGAUGUGGAAUUACCCUAUUUUGACAAGUAGAUGAGUUUGUCAAGUUUUAAAUUUUUAGAAAAACUAUAUAAUAUAUUAGAAUUAAAACUGUUAGGUUAAAAAUAAACUAUUGUUAAUGAUUUAUUUUGAAAUUUUUUAUUUUUUUUUAUGAAUGAAUGAACUUUGACCUCAUAUCUCACAACCAUAGUGCAGAUGGGAAUUAAAAGUAGUAUGGCAAUAUUCACAAGGGUUUUGUAAUCAACAAAAUGCCUUAUUUUGAUCUUAGUAAUGAAAUGAGCAAUAUUGAAAAUGUCAGUAAAUCAAAAUUCAAACCUUUCUAGAAAGUUUGACAAUGAGAAAGAUCCAAAGAGAUUCCAUGAAACUGUAACCCAAUUACUACUGGUUGAAAUUUUGCAGGAAGGAUAUCAUGUGGCUUUUAGGGAGUUAUUUAAUCUGUUACAAAAUCAUAAAGAACUUGGAGAACAAUCUGAACAUCUUCUUUAUAUCAAAGAAAAGUUAGUUAUGGCAGAACAUGCAAGCAGGAAAGGUGAUUUUGAAACAUUGUGUGAGUCGCAGCUAUUGUUAGCAAAGUAUUUUCAAGAAAAGGAUUAUAAUUCACUUGCCAAUUUGUAUUAUGAAAAUUCAUACCAAUCAAGUUGUAGAAUUAAAAGUGAUAACAGAAAGAAGGAAGCAGAAACAAUUUAUUAUUUAGGUAAGUUUAAAGAGCUUGAACACGAUUAUUAUAUGGCACAAAAGUAUUUUGAGCAGCUUAAGUCCAUAACUAAAGGGUGUGAUUGGUAUCAAGAAGGUGUUCUGUUUUUUAAACUUGCUUGUGAAUGUCUCCAAAGAAUUUAUAUAAAAAGCGUGCAUAAGUUGGAUCAUGAUACAGAGAAAAUGAAAAUUCUUGAUAUUUUGAACAUGGCUUAUUUAACUGCUAAAGAAGGUGGUAGUUCUGAAUCUCUUCGUGAAGUUAUUUAUGUUACUGGUGAAAUUCAUUCUAGCUUUGGUGAGUUAAAGGAUGCUAUUCGAUAUUACAAUGAAUACUUUGAAAUAAGCAAAAUUAAUGGAGAUAAUAAAGGAAUUCAAAAAGCUUAUCAAGCACUUGCAAGAGCUUAUCAGAGUGCUGCUAAUAUAGAAAAAGCUUUAGAGUUUUUCGAAAGGUUGCUAGAAGAAGCAGAAAGGUCUCAUGACAAUUGCUGCGUUUUUAAUACUUGCCAAGAAAUUGCAGCUCUUUAUAAUUCAGAGGGAAAUUACGAACUAUCUGUAAAGUUUUACGAGAAAGCUCUUGCUAUCUCGAAUUAUCGCAACGAUGAAUGUUGUCGGAGUGAUUAUGCUAUCGCAUUGGGAAAUUUUAUGUUAACCGAAUAUGCAACUAGUAUAGUAGCUAAUAAUAAAGAAUCACUUUUAAAAAUAUUAGAUUGGAAAUGCGAAAGAAGUGGAUUUUAUCCUUGUUAGACUAAGUUGAAAACUUGUUUGAUGCUUGCGCAUGCGUCUCCGCAUGCGUGUAUGGGAAAAUAUGUUAUUUAAAUGACUUUUUUGUUAAUGGUUUUUUUUUAAUUUAAAAAAAUCAACAAUAUAUUUAUGUUUCUAUAAUAAAAAAGGUUACGUAAAUUUUUUUAUGUAUUAUAUAC